AUGCCAUUUGGCGCCGCGGGCAUUCGGGCGAAAAGACCGGAUCCCAGACAAGACAACCGCGCGACAAGCCGGAAUUUCGGUAAAGACGGCUUCCAUCCCGAGCGAAAUGCACAGCUCAACCGCGCAGCGGAACAAGUGUUUUUCGGCGACGUUGACUCUCGUACUUGCGGUCCUGUUGUAUAUCGUACGCCUACAAAUACUCGCUACCACCUUCCCCAACCUUUCUUCUUCGCGUCUACCUACCAUCGCCUCCUUCCGCUCCCAACCCCGUCGACUCUCAAAAUGGCUCAGCGCAUCACCCAGCUCGCCUCGCACCUCGACCCACGCUCGUGGUCGGGCAAGGGCCUUCACGCCCACAUGGCCAAGAAUGACUCGGACGUCGUCAUCGUCGCCGCCGGCCGAACCCCCUUCACCAAAGCCUACAAGGGCUCCAUGAAGGACUCCAAGUUCGAUCUUCUCUGCUACGAGUUCUUCAAAUCUCUGAUCGCCUCUUCCGCCGUCGACCCCGCUCUGAUUCAAGACAUUGUCGUAGGAAACGUUCACAACGACGAAGCACCGUACUACGUCCGUGCUGCCGCCCUCGCUGCUGGUAUCCCCAACACCACCCCUGCCAUCGUCGUCAACCGAUUCUGCUCUUCCGGUCUCAUGGCUAUCCGUGCCAUCGCCAACGGUAUUCAGGCCGGUGAGAUCGAAUGCGGUCUGGCGUGCGGUAUCGAACACAUGUCGACCCAACCCAAGAGACCGACUGUCAUCUCGGAAGAGCUCAGCAAGCUCAGCCAGGAGGCCGACGAUUGCAAGAUGCCCAUGGGUUGGACUUCCGAGAACGUCGCAAAGGACUUCAACAUCUCGCGCGCAAAGAUGGACGAGUACGCCGCGAGAUCCCAGCAGCGUGCGGUCCAAGCACAGUCGCAAGGAAAGUUUGACGCCGAGAUCUUCCCCAUCUCCGUACCCACCGUCGGCAAGGACGGUGCCAAGCAGACUACGGUGGUGAGCGCAGACGAAGGUCCGCGUGCCGGAACCACGGCGGAGUCGCUCGGCAAGAUCAAACCAGCCUUCCCCCAGUGGGCUCCCAGCAACACCACCGGCGGCAACGCCUCGCAGAUCACGGACGGUGCUGCCGGCGUCAUUCUCAUGCGUCGUUCGUUGGCCAACAAGUUGGGUCUCAAGGUGUUGGGCAAGUACGUCUCUUGUGCAGUCACCGGUCUGGAACCGAGGAUCAUGGGUAUCGGUCCCAGCUCGGCUAUCCCGGCAGUGCUGGCCCAGACCGGCGUCAAGCAGGAAGAGGUCGAUCUGUUCGAGAUCAACGAGGCGUUCGCCAGCAUGUACGUCUACUGCGUCGAGAAGCUCGGUCUGGAUCCCGAGAAGGUCAAUGUCAACGGUGGAGCUUGUGCCCUCGGUCACCCGCUGGGCGCGACGGGCGCUAGGUUGGUCGUGACGGCGCUCAAGGAGUUGGAGAGGAGACAGCAGAAGGUCGCCGUCGUCUCCAUGUGCAUUGGUUUGGGAAUGGGCGCUGCUGGGUUGAUCUUGAGGGAGGAUUGA